CGAAGGGAACAAUGAGAAUUAUGAUUUUCUCAAGGCCACAUUUUUUAUUCAUGCUUCUUGCUCUGCCAAGUUUGGCUCAAAAUGGUGUUUCAUUGGAUGAAGAUGAUUACAGCCAAACAGGAAACUCAGCCUUGCUCCCCAGCACCACAAAGUUGAUUUACAACCACCUCUCCAGCCUCUCCACAGUUUUCAAAAAGGACAUUGAGAAGAACUUAGGAUAUUGCGUUAAAAAUGUGAAAACAGAUUGGAAUGGGGCUUUCAAUUUUGAUGGACAUUUGGAAUUCUUAACAAGUUGCAUCAGAAAGACAAAAGGUGAUUUGGGGCAUCGAUUGUGUACAGCAGCAGAAAUCAAAGUCUACUUCAGUAAUUUUUUCGAUAAGGUUGAUAAGGAUGUCCAUCACGUAGGCCCUAACCAGAACUGCAAUUUGUCAUAUUGGUCUCCCGGAUGUGAACCGGGAUGGGCUUGCAGCACCGGAACUAGUCAAAAAGUUGAUAUAAAGACAACAAUCAUGCCUUCAAGGAACAAAGAUUGUGAACCAUGUUGUGAAGGAUUUUUUUGCCCACGAGGCCUCACUUGUAUGAUUCCUUGUCCAUUAGGUGCAUAUUGUCCCAUGGCAAGUCUCAAUAGAAUAACUGGAGUAUGUGACCCGUAUGGUUACCAAAUACCUCCUGGAAAAAACAAUCACACAUGUGGAAGUGCUGAUUCAUGGGUGCCUGUUGGGGAAGGAGGAGAGCUUUUUUGUUCACCUGGUUCAUAUUGUCCAACUACGACUAUUACUAUUCCUUGCAGUAGUGGACAUUACUGUCAGAUGGGAUCAACCUCUCAAACAUCUUGCUUUAAGUUGACUAGUUGUCCUCCAAAUACUGCAAAUCAAAAUCUUCAUGCUUAUGGAAUCAUCCUUAUCGUUAUUCUAACUACAUCCCUACUUAUAAUAGUCAAUUGCUCGGACCAAGCUCUUUCCACAAGAGAAAGAAGAGCAGCAAAAAGGAGGGAAGACGCAGCAAAACAUGCACGUGAAACCGCACAAGCCCGCCACAGGUGGAAAGCAGCACAAGAUCUGUCGAAGAUCCGCCAAAUAGGGUUGCAGGAGCAGAUUUCCAGGACGUUCUCUCGCAAAAAGUCCAGUAAACAAGGUGGAGCUAUGGAGUCGAUGGACAAAUCUCAGACAUCUAAUGAUAAGAAAGACUCAAAAGACCUCACAAAUAUGGUCCGUUCGAUAGAUGAUGAUCCUCACGGUCACGACGGCUUUCACAUGAAAAUCGGCGAUAAGAAUAUUAAAAAAAAUGCUCCAAAGGGUAAACAAUUGCACACUCACAGCCAGAUUUUCAAGUAUGCAUAUGGCCAACUGGAGAAGGAGAAAGCUAUGGAAGAAGACCAUAGCAACAUGACGUUUUCGGGUGUCAUUUCAAUGGCAACCGACACAGAUGUCAGGAGUAGACCCGUUAUUGAGGUUGCUUUCAAGGAUUUGACUCUAACUUUAAAAGGUAAAAAGAAGCAUCUCUUGAGGUGUGUUACUGGGAAGCUCAUGCCAGGUAGGGUUUCUGCUGUCAUGGGUCCGUCAGGCGCCGGCAAGACUACUUUUUUAUCUGCUCUAUUGGGGAAGGCAACUGGAUGCACAAGGACAGGAUCCAUUCUUAUAAAUGGGAAGAAUGAAUCUAUCCUUUGUUACAAGAAAAUUGUUGGGUUUGUGCCACAAGAUGAUACUGUACAUGGAAACUUGACCGUGGAAGAGAAUCUUCGAUUUAAUGCAAGAUGCAGAUUAUCCGCGGACAUGCCUAAAGCAGACAAAGUUUUAGUCAUUGAAAGAGUGAUUGAAUCGUUAGGGCUCCAAGCCGUGAGAGAUUCAUUGGUUGGAACCGUGGAGAAGCGUGGGAUAUCUGGAGGUCAAAGAAAACGUGUUAAUGUGGGCAUUGAGAUGGUGAUGGAGCCUUCACUUUUGAUACUAGACGAGCCCACGACCGGACUGGACAGCUCCUCUUCACAGUUGCUUCUAAAAGCCUUGCGGCGUGAAGCCCUCGAGGGGGUCAACAUCUGCAUGGUCAUCCACCAGCCGAGUUACGCCAUGUUCAAGAUGUUUGAUGACUUCAUAUUGCUGGCGAAAGGCGGUCUCACCGUAUACCACGGGCCAACGAAGAAAGUGGAGGAGUAUUUCUCCGGUAUCGGUAUCGUGGUGCCGGACCGGGUGACCCCUCCGGAUCACUACAUUGAUAUUCUAGAAGGUAUAAUAAAACCAAGCAACAAUAUGACUCAUGAAGAGCUUCCGGUCAGAUGGAUGCUACACAAUGGUUACACGGUCCCUCCUGAUAUGUUGGAGCUAUGUGAUCAAAUCGCCAAGGGUUCGUCUGAUGAGAAAACCCAAAUGGGUGACGACAUGGAUGAUCACCAUGGUGUCGUCGAGGAACACUCUUUCGCCGGGGAAUUGUGGCAGGAUGUUCGAUGCCAUGUGGAGCUACACAAAGAUCAAGUUCAUCUCAACUUUCUUCAAUCUAAGGACUUGUCCAAUAGAAGAAACCCUAGCAUACUUCGUCAGUAUAGAUAUUACCUUGGGAGGGUUACCAAACAACGACUAAGAGAAGCUAGACUACAAGCAGCCGAUUUGCUGAUUUUAUUACUAGCUGGAGCCUGCUUAGGAACACUUGCCAAAGUGGAUGAUGAAACAUUUGGGUCUACAGGCUACACUUAUACCGUCAUUGCUGUCUCAUUACUAUGCAUGAUUUCUGCAUUGAGGUCGUUUUCUCUUGACAAGCUACACUACAUGAGAGAAAGUGCCUCUGGAAUCAGCAGCCUGGCUUAUUUCCUGUCGAAAGACACGCUAGACCUUUUCAAUACAAUACUCAAGCCUCUAGUAUACUUGUCCAUGUUUUAUUUCUUCAACAGCCCAAGGUCAACCUUUGAAGACAACUACGUGGUUUUGCUAUGUCUUGUGUAUUGUGUGACCGGCUUGGCUUAUAUCUUCGCCAUCUAUCUUGAACCUAGUUCAGCUCAGUUGUGCUCGGUUUUGGUUCCUGUCGUUCUGACUCUCGUUGCCACCCAAGAAGAACAGACAGGGUUGGUGAAGUAUCUAGGGCGUUUGUGCUUCCCCAAAUGGGCCAUGGAAGCUUUCAUCAUUGCAAAUGCCGAAAGGUACUCAGGUGUCUGGCUACUAACUCGUUGUGCUUCAUUAAGACAAAGCAACUAUGCUCUCAGUCACUGGUCUUUGUCUUUAUCCCUUCUCAUCCUCACUGGAGUAAUUUCUCGUUUUGUAGCAUACUUCUUGUUGAUAACAUUCCAGAAGAAAUGAUGUGUGUAGAAGAAAAUACAUGUAGUUAUACCCUCCCCAACCUUUCGUACUCACAUACAUUAUUUGUACAUAUCAGAAAUGUACAUUUUUUGUUUUACUGUAAAAUCAUAUGAGCAGUUAGCAAGUGAAGACUAUAACAAAUGGUUUAAAAAGGUGGUAAGAAAAGAAAUUAAAUUGUUUCCAAAAAAAAAAUUACUAGCAAAUAAUAGGUUAGGUGUACAUGUAUAAGCGAGAGAAAUUGAUUAAUUAGUCUAGAAUUCUUUUUGUUUUUUCUUAGAAAACUAUAAAUGUAAAAUGUACAAGAAAAAGAACUGAAAGAGGAAGAAAAUUCAU